AUGGAGGAAACUGGAGAAACCGGAGGACAUGGAGGAAACCGGAGGACAUGGAGGAAACUGGAGCACCUGGAGGAAACCGGAGCACCUGGAGGAAACCGGAGCACCUUGAGGAAAACCGGAGCACCUGGAGGAAACUGGAGCACCUGGAGGAAACUUGAGCACCUGGAGGAAACCGGAGCACCUGGAGGAAACUGGAGCACCUGGAGGAAACCGGAGCACCUGGAGGAAACUGGAGCACCUGGAGGAAACUUGAGCACCUGGAGGAAACCGGAGCACCUUGAGGAAACCGGAGCACCUGGAGGAAACCGGAGCACCUGGAGGAAACCGGAGCACCUGGAGGAAACCGGAGCACCUGGAGGAAACCGGAGCACCUGGAGGAAACCGGAGCACCUGGAGGAAACUGGAGCACCUGGAGGAAACUUGAGCACCUGGAGGAAACUUGAGCACCUGGAGGAAACUGGAGCACCUGGAGGAAUCCGGAGCACCUUGAGGAAACUGGAGCACCUGGAGGAAACUGGAGCACCUGGAGGAAACCGGAGCACAUGA